AUGCAGGCAGCGCCUAGAAGGAGCGAAGUCGAUGCGAAAGCCACCGCAUCGUUAUUCACACAAGACAAGAGCGACGAAAAGGCACCUCCGGGUAACGAUGAACUAUACUCGAUCUUCCCAGCCAGUACACGCACGCAUCUAACUUACUCUCUUGGUAUCAUAUUGAUUCUCUCUACCCUAACAGCGACCAUAUAUUUCCCGCUCAUUCCCACACUAAGUACACACUUCUCCGUCUCUAUCCAAGCCAUCAACUUGACCGUCACCGUAUACGCCAUUUGCCAGGCCAUCUCCCCGGGUAUCUUCGCCUCACUGGCGGACUCGUAUGGAAGGCGUCCCGUACUGCUGGCGCUGGUUUUGAUAUACGCUCUAGGCAGCCUAGGCCUCGUGCUCAACAAGAAUAGCUAUGCAGCGUUGAUGGCACUCAGAGCUGUGCAAAGUAUCGGGGGAAGCUCGAUUCCAUCAAUUGCAUAUGGGAUUGUGGCAGAUGUGGCGGUUGUGAGCGAGAGGGGCAAGAUGCUGGGACCUAUGCUCGCUACGUGUAACGGCAUUAGUGCGGUGGGACCAGUGAUUGGUGGUGCCCUUGCGUUGAAGACGGGUGGACACAAGUGGGUAUUUGUGGCGUUGCUAAUUAUUGCCGUUGCAUGCUUUCUAGCUGUCGGGUUCACGUUGCCAGAGACGUCAAGAGUAGUUGCAGGGAAUGGAUCACGAGCUGUGCAUGGGAUUUGGAAGACGUGGAUGGAUGUUUUACGGGGAAAAAAGAAGCAGAAAGAAGAUCGCAAGCAGCGCAUUACGCAUGAAAUAAACGUCCCAGUGGUUAAAGCAAGUCAGAGUCUCCGGCGAGUCGUCGACUCGCUGCGCAUCAUACUCCACCCCGACGCCGCUGCUAUACUCCGGAUGAUCGCAUCCUCCUACGGCGUCUACUACACUUUCCAAGUCGCCAUCUCUGUUAUCUUUGCCGAUGUUUACGCCUAUAACGAACUCCAAAUCGGUCUGGCUUUUCUCCCUGGGUUAUCAGGCAUGACGAUUGGAGGCAUCAUAGCUGGACGACUCAUCGACGCGAACUAUGCCAAAGCGGCGCAGAAACAUAACAUCGACAUCUCGCAAACAGAGAAGCUGGAUUUGACAGACUUCCCAAUAGAAUAUGCAAGAUAUAGAAUGAUCGUCCCCUUUAUCGUUGCACAGACGGCCCUGGUCACGAGUUACGGAUGGGCCGUCCAACAACACGUCCACCCCGCUGUACCGAUCAUCUUGCAAUUCUUCAUUUGCGCGCUGUCUACGCUCCUGAGUCACACUGCCAGCGCUUUGCUCGUAGACGUAUUUCCCGACGUACCUAGUACGGCGUACGCGUCGAGCCAGCUCGCGAGAUGCGGGUUCAGCGCGGCGUCAGCGGCCAUUAUCGAGCCGUUAGUGAAUGCAGUCGGGCGUGGUUGGUUUUUCACUAUCUUUUCAUUGUUCACGGGACUAAGCUGUCUUUUUUGUGUGGUUGUGAGUCGGUGGAAAGGAAUAGAGUGGCGGAGGAAAAGACUUGACGCGAAGAGUAGAGCUAGCGCCAGUCAUCCGUAG